AACACACCUCAUGACGAGCAUAUCUCUUCGAGUCACCAAGAAUAAGACCAUCCUACGAACACCCCUGACAUCCUUCUUUUCCGCUCCCAUCUCAGCCCAGAACAUGUCAUCCGCAACCAAGACCAAAGCUCCCCCCGUCAUCGCCACCAGAACUUCAACCUGCCUCUGCAAAUCCGUACAAAUCGAAGUCACAGGCGAAGACAAGAAUGCCGUUCUCUGCCACUGCGAUAACUGUCGUCAAGCGAGCGGAAGCGCCUUUAUGUACAACCACAGAUUUAUGAAAUCCCACAUCACCGUCUUGAAAGGCGAGAACUUGUUGAAGGUGUAUGAUGACAAAGCUACCAAGAGCGGUGCGACACUGUACAGGCACUUCUGUGGGAGUUGCGGCUCGCCAUUAUGGCUUUCCAAUUCCGCCAUAAAAGGCUUUGCGGCAUUCAAUAUUGGCAAUCUAGAAGGCGAGAAGAGACAGCCGUUUAUGGAGCUUUUCAAGGAAGGCAAGCACAGCUGGGUCGGCGAGGUGACUGGUUCAUCGAAGCUGUAACAUCUUGCCAUGACUGUGCAUAGAAGCGAUAAACAGCAUCGCUUUUGAUAACAUGAUGCUACGACAGAUCUAAUCUCCAAUGCGAAUGGUCUCUGAGGAGUGCCUGAGCGAGUAAACAAAGCGGAAAAUACAAGUCACAGGUGAAAUCCGAGCUAGUCACUAAUAAUGUCUUUGUUAUUUCUAUUCAAGCCCUUUUCAGGCAUGUAUGAUUCACUCUUUGUCCAUUGCGCACUAACUAUUCGAAAAAGUUGUAAUCGGCACAAAAACGCUGCUCACUCAAGAAUCAGAUGAGUAUUGACCUCACUGGUCUGCCGGAAAGAUGGAGCGACCAGAGCAGACGCACCAUCUAAUGCCCAAGUCGCACGAGUACAGUGCACUCCAUCCAAACGAUCCUCUAGACGACGACGAUGACGCAGCAGCAGCAGGGAGUGAACCAACACCAACACGUCGGCAAUCUUUCUGGCGCAAUCGGCCCUGGUGGCAAUGGAUUGUACUUCUUCAACUCGCAAACAUUUUGGUCUUUCUCGUGAUAGAAAACAGGAAAGGCAUCGC